AUGUUAUCAAUGGCAGUAAACCCAAGCAAUUCUUUACCCUCACAAUACUCAACCAAACAAGAUAAUUACAACCAGAAUUACUGUUCUAUAAAAUCGCCCUCGCCAACCUCAACAUCAACAUCGUCGUCGUUAGCCAUGACUACUCCACCACACUUACAUAAUCCACAUGCAUCAAUAACCUUACCAUCAAUACAUUCCUUAGAUAUCCCAGCAUUUCCUCAUUAUGAGAAAGAAUAUAGUCGAGCUAGUGUAUUCCAGAACUAUUCCUCAAAUUCACCUACGCCAUCCAAUAGUUCAUAUUCCCCCACUUUAUUGAUACCGAAUAAUGAUAGACCGGCUUCAUCAUCUGCGUACUCAAAUUCUUCAAGUACAUUAUUGUUGAGUCCUGGUGUUUCUUCUACACCCAAUUUGAAUUCUAUUGCUCCUGUGUCAAGACCAAGAAGUACCUCAAAUUUGACAGAAAAUUCAGAACAACUGUUUGCCUCACCACAAUUGCAACUGCAACCACAGCCACCAGUACUAUCGAAUGUCACUAUUACAUCACCUCAACUUCAUGUUAAGUCAGAAAAUGAGCAACAACAACACAGAUUACAAAACUCCAAUGGUAUAUUGUCUCCAAGACAGAAUAAGAAAAAUUGGAAACCAAGGAAGAAGAAGCAAUGUCCUGAAUGUAAUUUGUACUUUUCAAAUUUGGCCACACAUAAAUCAACUCAUUUGAAACCAAACAAUCGUCCUCAUAUUUGUAAAUAUUGUGAACGAGGAUUUGCUCGACCAAAUGAUUUAUUUAGACAUGUCAAAUGUCAUUGGAAAGAAAUCGGGUCAGAUAAAGGACAAUUUAAAUGCCCUUUUAAGAACAUCGAUUCAUCUAAUAGAGAUAAUCAAGAAACAAUAACAGCUACUGGUAAUGGUAAUGGAAUACCUGAUCAUUGUUGUCAUAAUACUGGGAUAUUUUCUCGUUGUGAUACGUUUAAAAAUCAUUUGAAGGCUAUUCAUUUCCAAUAUCCAAACGGUACGAAAAAGGAACAAAGAAACCAAGUCAAUGGAAAAUGUAGAAUGUGUCAACAAGAAUUUAGAAAUGUUGAUGAUUGGAUGCAUAGUCAUAUAGAAACCAACCAGUGUCCUUAUGCUAUUAAUUUGAUUAAAAAGGAGCAUUAA